AUGAAGACAAAACAUGAAAGUGAAUAUGAAGAAUGGUUAGCUAAGAAAAAUGUUAAUCUUGAUACAAAACAACGAAAUAUUGAUGAUAUGAUAAAGCAAAAAACAAGUAAAUAUUUAUCAAUUAAUCCAAGACAAGUUAAAUUAACUGAAUCAAUAAUAAAAGAUUUAAUAAUUGAAUGUGGUAUACCAUUAUCAUUAGUAGAACAAAAUGGUUUUAAAAAUUUCAUGGAAAUAGUUGAUCCAAUGUAUUCACUUUUAAGUCGUCGACAAAUAACUCGUGAUAAACUUCCAAAAUUACAUGAUAAUAUGAUUACGAAAUUAAAAGUAUUAUGUAAUAAUGUUGAACAUGUAUCAGUUACAUUAGAUUUAUGGAGUGAUAGACGUUUACGUUCUUAUAUCGGUAUUACUUUACAUACAUUUGUUGAUGGUGAAUUAAGAUCAUAUUUAUUGUCAUUUGCACCAUUAAAAGGUCGCCAUACAGCUGAUGUUUUACUGGCUGAAUUUGAAAAAGUAAUUAACUAUUAUCGUAUUGAAAAGAAAUUAGUACGUUUAAUUACCGAUAAUGCAGCUAAUAAUAUAAAAGCAUUUGAUAAUAUUUUACUUCCAGGAUUUGAAACAUAUUUUGAAAAUGAUGGUCGUAACAAUGAUGAUGAAUCAUUACAAGAUAAUGAUGAUGAUUCUAAUGAUCAUUUUGAAUUAGUAUCGUUAGAUGAUGAUAUUGUUCAAUGUUUAAAAAAAUUAGAAAAUUUAUCAACAACAAUACCACGUGCAACAAAAUGUAGUUGGAAUACUCAGUUUUUGACCGUUGCUGCUGUUUUGAAUAUUUCAUUAAAGACACUUAAUGAUAUUUUAACUGAAUUAGGUAAAAAAGAAUUAUGUUUAACAGAAAAAAAUAAAGAAAUUUUCGAUGAAUUUAUGGCAUUGCUGUACUUAUUUAAUGAAGCAACAGUUUUAACUCAAGCUGACCAAACAGUUACAAUUAGUAUUGUUGGACCAAUUCUUCUUAAUAUAUUAAGUGAUCUUGAAUUUGAAAGAACAAAAUCUGAACGUACAUCUUUAUUAUGUGAUACUCUCAUUUCUUCAUUAAAAACACGUUUUGGUGGUUUUUAUAAACAUUUAAAUAUUAACACAGAUAAUUGUACAGUAAAGAUAAAUACAAAUGCUAAUACAUCGUUUUUAUAUGCUGAUUCAAUUUUUUUGAUAAGUCCAGUUUUGGAUGGACGUUUUAAAUUUCAAUGGAUCAAUGAUUGUGCUUUAUCAUCUGAUUUAACAAAAAACAACAUUAUUUCGACAAUUAAACAAUAUAUUAUUGAUGCUUGUAUAAAACUUAAUUCAAAAGAUAACAUUGCCGCUGCCGAUGUUCAGAUCAUAUCUGAAGAAUCUAGCAGCAAUAAUACAAAUAUAACAUUUUCUGAUAAAGAAAAUAAAAAAUGUUUAUUUCCAACAUUAAAAAUUGGUUCAUUCAAAAAAGCAAAACUUGAUAAUUCAACACCACCAUCAGUUGUACAAGAACUUGAUUGUUUUCUCAGGAGAAAAAUUUAA